GCCGGUCGGCCGCGGGCGGGCGGGCAGCGCAGCGCCGAGCGGGGCCCGCGGGCCCAUGAGGAGGCCCGGGGACCAUGGGCUCCAGGAUCAAGCAGAACCCAGACACCACGUUUGAAGUCUAUGUUGAAGUGGCCUAUCCUAGGACAGGUGGCACUCUUUCAGAUCCUGAGGUGCAGAGGCAAUUCCCGGAGGACUACAGUGACCAGGAAGUUCUACAGACUUUGACCAAGUUUUGUUUCCCCUUCUAUGUGGACAGCCUCACAGUUAGCCAAGUUGGCCAGAACUUCACAUUCGUGCUCACUGACAUUGACAGCAAACAGAGAUUCGGGUUCUGCCGCUUAUCUUCAGGAGCGAAGAGCUGCUUCUGUAUCUUAAGCUAUCUUCCCUGGUUCGAAGUAUUUUAUAAGCUGCUUAACAUCUUGGCGGAUUACACGACAAAGGGCCAGGAGAAUCAGUGGAAUGAGCUUCUUGAAACUCUGCACAAACUUCCCAUUCCUGACCCAGGAGUGUCUGUUCAUCUCAGCGUGCAUUCUUAUUUUACUGUGCCUGAUACUAGAGAACUUCCCAGCAUACCCGAGAAUAGAAAUCUGACAGAAUAUUUUGUGGCCGUGGAUGUAAACAACAUGUUACAUCUGUAUGCCAGUAUGCUGUACGAACGCCGGAUUCUCAUCGUCUGCAGCAAGCUUAGCACUUUGACCGCCUGCAUCCACGGGGCCGCCGCCAUGCUGUACCCCAUGUUCUGGCAGCACGUGUACAUCCCCGUCCUGCCUCCACAUCUGCUGGACUACUGCUGUGCUCCCAUGCCCUACCUCAUAGGAAUCCAUUUAAGUUUAAUGGAGAAAGUCAGAAACAUGGCCCUAGAUGAUGUCGUGAUCCUCAACGUGGACACCAACACCCUGGAAACUCCCUUUGAUGACCUCCAGAGCCUCCCAAAUGAUGUGAUCUCUUCACUGAAGAACCGGCUGAAGAAGGUGUCCACAACCACCGGUGACGGUGUGGCCAGGGCCUUCCUCAAGGCCCAGGCUGCUUUCUUCGGCAGCUACCGAAAUGCUCUGAAAAUUGAGCCGGAGGAGCCAAUCACCUUCUGUGAAGAAGCCUUCGUGUCCCACUAUCGCUCGGGAGCCAUGAGGCAGUUCCUGCAGAAUGCCACCCAGCUGCAGCUCUUCAAACAGUUUAUAGAUGGUAGACUGGACCUUCUCAAUUCUGGCAAAGGUUUCAGUGACGUUUUUGAAGAGGAGAUCAGCAUGGGCGAGUAUGCUGGCAGCGAUAAACUCUACCAUCAAUGGCUCUCCACAGUCCGGAAAGGAAGCGGAGCAAUUCUGAACACUGUAAAAACGAAAGCGAACCCGGCUAUGAAGACUGUCUAUAAAUUUGCAAAAGAUCAUGCAAAAAUGGGAAUAAAAGAGGUGAAAAACCGCUUGAAGCAAAAGGACAUCACCGAGAAUGGCUGUGCCCCCACCAUGGAAGAGCAGCUGCCAAAGACUGUGCCGUCCCCACUGGUGGAGGCCAAGGACCCGAAGCUCCGAGAAGACCGGAGGCCAAUCACAGUCCACUUCGGACAGGUGCGCCCUCCCCGUCCGCACGUCGUGAAGAGACCGAAGAGCAACAUCACGGUGGAAGGCCGGAGGACUUCUAUCUCCAGCCCUGAGCACUCCAGCUGGCAAGACCAAGUUCUUGAAACACAGGAAGCAUCCAGCGGAAAAUAUUUUAAUAAAACAGACUCCUCAUAAAAUAUUGUUCUGGGGGGGAAAGAAACCAGCUCCACCAAUCUGUCAGCAUUGUGCUGCGAGACACAAGAAGACAAGCCGGCAGGCAGGAGCCAGAUCCUAAUGGGCCUUUGUUGCGGGUUGGUUCCGUGUGGGGCACAUGGACUCCGUGCCUAGCCCUUUAAUCUAGGCUGGAUUUUCUGGAUUCACAGAUCUUUGUCUCCGCCGGGAAUAUCAAAGUACAUUGGCAACUUAGAGGGUUUGGCCAGCAGAGAGAGAUGCAAGAUCUUUGAAGUGGAGGGAAGGGUUCCGUCCUCCUGACUUCUCGCCCCAACUCUCACUUCCAAAUAGCACAUUAAAUAAUUAACUUUGUGGACGGCAAGAUGUUGCUGAUUAACAAUAAGACAGUCUCCACGGCCUCCUGCAGCAGCUCAGUGUCUGGAAUUCAUCAAGGCCCAGUAGCAUCGGCUGCCAGCUCUGCGGCCGGCCCCUCCGUCGGAUCCAGCUCUUCCUUUCCACAUGAUGUCUGUCUGUCCAUUCAUGCAUCCAUUCAUUCAGCAGAUAGCUCCAAAAACCUACCAGGUGUGAGCGAUUUGGGAUUUUUAAGAGGAGACCUUUAAAGAGAAUCUCCAAGCUGGACUCUUUGGUGACUUGCAUUUUCCCAAAAUGAAAUUUCUCCUAUGUCAAAUGGCCUUUCCGAAUCAAAGGUGGGUGUCCUCACCCCUUAAAGCCAUCCGAUGACAACUGGAAGAAUACUUCAGAAAGGUUUCUGGGGGAAACAUUCCUUCUGUUUUUCAGCUACCGCUAGCUAAUUAAUAUUCAGUGACUAUUUCUCCUCAAGAAGUGCUAGCUACUUGCAUUAUUAUUCAGGACGGGCUAAUGGAAUGCUCUGAGGAUUCCCUAGGGUGAGAGCUAAGGCCAGGAGGGGUCAGGCAGCGCGGGCUGUGGGUCAGAGGCCACCCAACAGCAAGUACAGUUGAGCACCUCUUAUGUUCUAGGACCUCUUCGGCUGGUGUUUUUUCUUCUUCCACCGAAUGGGAACUUGGGCUCAGCAAAUAUAUGUGACCAGUGUUCCUGGGUCACCCAGUUAGAAGGUGGCAGGGCCAGGCCUCCAGAUGGCUGCCUGAUUUCAUUCUCUCAGCUACACUCUGCUGCUCACAGGGGUCCCUUGUCAGUUUGGCUUUGCCUGGAGAGACGGUUCUGGGUCCUGUGUCCUAAGAUGACUUGCCCCACACGCUGCCCUUCUUCUCUGGUUCCUCGAAGUCGGGAACUGGAGCUGUUCGGUCCUCUUCCUGGCAAAGAAACAGCGUCCCCUGGUGCCUGAGUGUUUCUCCCUGGGGAAGGAAAGACAAGCAACACUGACGGAACAUCCUGUGAGACUGUGAAGAGUAGGUGGUGGCUUUCCCAUCUAACAGGGAAACUGAGGCUCAGGGGGAGACUUUCUGAUAGAACUAGUCCAUGGUCUGAGGUAGGAUCAGCUGUCUGCUGACACAGGCCCCACCCCUUAUGUCCUACCCAGCCUUUUUGUUGCGAACCUAAGCUGAGUGCUGAGGACAGCAGUGGUUGCAGGGGGCGUGGUGAGGUUCCCAUCUCCCACCCGUGAACGGUCAUUUCAGCCACAGUGGGUGUGGCAGGCGGGCCCCAGCUUCUGUUCCCCUCGGCCUGCCAGGCGUAAGAGAAUUUCCCAUUGAAUGUAGUGCUUAGCAGGAGCUGACAGCAAACUCUAGAAGGCAGUGCUGUGCCCACCCCUCAGGAUCAUGCCCAGCAUGCAGAUGGAGGCCAAAGGCAGGGCGUCACCUGCUGGUCCCCAGGCACCCCUCUCUGCCGGGCUGCCUGUCCGUUGUGCCCCCCAGUGGGGGCCGGGCAGUAUCCCUCUCAGAGUCGCGGAGGGUACAGACGGACGUGGCCAGACAGCCUCCACCUUGUUUAACCUUAAUAGCCCCAAGGGGUGCGGCUGACUUCUGAGCCUUAAUGGCCAAGAGGCUGGCAGUCAGGAUAGCUCAGCGACGCAACCCAGGGCUCACCAGCUGCAGAGCCUGAACUCGGGACUGCAAACCUCUGUGUGCCCUCCAACGGGUGAGCCCCACAACACCCUCGCGGGAGUCCGGACUGGCUGCGAGCUGGUUAUUUGAAGUUUCAUUGUACUAAGUAGGAGUGGUCCAGAUUCAGGCACCAAGGGCCCACAAGCCGUUUCCCAGCUCACCUGGCUGGCCAGAUUUGUACAAAAUCUCUUUUCAAACAAUUUCGUUUGUCUGUAAAAAUGACCCAAUAACCUUAUAAUCCAGAAGUUUGGGGAAAGAGACAAGUUCAUUCUGAACCUCACUCCUUAUUAGCAUGUCUGCAAGUUCCCCUCCGGGGUUUGUCCUGUAGAUAAUUUGCAGAGCUGAAGUUUCCUUGCAAUAUUCCUACUUGUGGCCUUGCCGCACGUCCUCGUAACCCCUGCCGUUCACAACUGUGGCAGGAUCCCGCUUUGUGUGCAUGCGUGGUCCGCCUCCCCACACCCCUCAUAUUGGAUUUGUAGAUUUUUCUAGGUGUUCACUAACAUGAAAUGCCAGAAUAAAUACCCUUGUCCUUAAAGCUUUUCUCAUUUGAUAUCAUCAUAGGGAAUGGAAUGAUUAACAACUACCAUUAGCCAAGAACUGCCUAAGCACUUUGCAUACACCAUUUCCUUUAAUCUCACAAGAAAUCUGGGGGAGUAGGUAUCAUUAGCUCGAUUUUAUAGAAGUAGCUGAGACCCUGAGAGGUUGUCACUGCCCCGUACCCUCACCCAGUCCCAGAGGCAGAUUUCUCUUCCGUGUGGCUAAAUAACUUGCUAAAAGAAUUGUACCACUUUACACUCCCACCAAAACUCUGGACUCCCUGCGAAUCUGGAUCUGAGGGACCCAGAGGAACAUGCACUAGAAAUCCUUCUGACCAAGGAGAAAUCCUGCUGGUUGCGCUGGCUGGACAGACAGACCAUCUGAGCACCAAACUGCCGGCCCACGCUGCUUAGGGAUGGCAGAGUCUCAUCAUCCAACUUGCACCGUGUCACCCCAGCACCCAAAGCCCCAGAAGAUUAAAAGAAGCUGCCAGAAGCAUUUAGUGAGAGCUCCGCCCAUAGACGAGGUCUCGGAACACUGCAGCUAUACCACCAUCUCCUCAAGACCUGUCCUUGGCAUGGCCCAAGUGGUGCGGGCCAUGGAUCACACGGGGUAGAGCCCUUCUCCCUGCCCCCAGGCCCAGAGCUGCCCCAGGGGCGUGGUUGGUGAAGCACUGCUGGGCCGGUGGGCUGGUGCACUGGGGCGGAGGGGGGGGAACCUCUGGCACCCCACAAACCUGGGUCAGCCUCCUGCCCACUGCCAGCCAGAGACCCUGGGCAAGACUCUGCCCUCUUUUUUCCAACACAAUGUCUGUUCGCAUCCCAAAGAGCACAAUUGGGGAAACUGCCCCUAGGAGCCGCACUAGCAUCCUGAGGUGGCGGGGCACACCAGUCUCCCCUCCUGCAGCAGUGCUCCUGUCAACGGUCUAAUGCUCACCCUGUUGCCUUCCCGUGAGCUGCGCCCUCCCCUCCCCGUGCCCACUGUCCCGUGGCUUCCCGUGACACAGCGCUGACCUUCCAUGUUAUAGUAUUUGCUUUACAUCAUGCACAUGCACACACACACACAGACACACACACACACACACACACACGUGCACCCCAGGAGCCUGGGAGCUCCUCCGGGGCAGAGCCACCGUGUGCCCUUCAGCUUCAAUGCUUCAACUCCUGAACCAGAGCCUAGCCCAGACCUCUGCUCAGGGAUGUUUACUGAAUGAAUGAACAAGGGAAUCACUGAAGCUUAUAGCCCAGCACCCUGGAGAUGGGGAAGGGGUGUCAGUUAACCACAGGUGUGUAAAGAGCACCUAUUAUGUGCCAGGUGUGAUUGGGAUGUGACUCUGAGGCUACCAGCACCUCUCCUGCCCGGGGCCGUCUAAGAGCCAGAAACUGCCAUCAGCCCCAGGAGCCAGUCUCCAAGAUGCCAGCUGGGCCCUGGGCCCCAGGGUUGGGGACAGCUGUCUAGGUACUACCCAUUGGCAGCCUGCCAGGACCCACUCCCUGAGCGGCCAGGAGUCCAAACACCAGAGCAGAAGGUCCCAGACCCAAUUAGCAAUGUGAGAGGCCCCUGACCCAACUUAGGCCCCCCAUCCCCUCGCCAACAGUGGGUUCUGGGCCCUGGGGACAAAGCCACGCCAGGAGCCAGACAGGGAGUCUGAGCCCAGACUGGAAAAGCAGGAACUGCCAAGGAGUCCCCAGGGAUGUGCAGCAGGCCAGAAAAACACAGGUCUCCCUCGUCCCCAGCCACUUUUGCCUGAUACCCGAAGGGAAGGACCUCUCCCAGGAGCAGUCAAGAUAGUUAGGAGUUAGUGCCCCAGACUUGCUGGUUUCAGCCUCCUCUGGAAGCUUUGCCACCUCACCUGAGCCCCUCCCUCUUCCAGGCAUCUCGCCACCAUUUCUCAUGCCUGUUUUCAGGCCCAGCACUUCAUAUGUGUCACCUUGGUUAACCUCCUCCACUCCCCAGAAGUCCUCCUGGUGCAGGUGUGUUAGCCUGUUCAACCAUGAAGGAACCAAGGCUCUAACAGGUGGAAUGACCUGCCCUUGGAUCCAGAAUAUGCACCCACACCCACGUCCACUGCUCUCUCACCAGACACCCUGCCCUCCACCGCUGCUCCCAGGGUCCCCAGCAAAGACGCAGGCUCAUGGCAGGCAAAGGCCAUCUUCGGCUAGAGGGGCAGUUGUUCUUCACAGUCUACGCAAUUUCUCUUCCGGAUAGGAAAAGCGUGGAAAGUGUCCCCAUCCCCCCCAAGGUGUCCCCAUCUUCCCUCUACCAAUGAGCCUGAAGAGUGGGACAGUGGAGUGAAGCCCAUGUCCUGUGUUCGGGCCUCUCUACCUAUGAGAGUAUACGCCCAGUAGCCUGGGAAGGACUGGGGCACGGGUGUGGACAUGUGAAAUUGACACUAGUGAUUUUUUGAAAGAAGGAAUGAGUGAAUGAAGGUAUGGGUUGAUAAGUAGUCAAACAGAUGGACUAAUGGAGAUAGGAAAGGCAAAGGGCACAGCCAACCUGAGAGAGAGCAGUGGGGCCAAGCCAGUAAAGCCCCCUGCUGCCUCCCCAGCCCCCACAUCACCCCCUAACCUCUCAUGUCGCCUUGGUCCUCAGGUGGGUUCAAGACCCUCCACCACCUGGUCCCUGCCAACCCUGCCAGCCUCUUUUCUUGAAAUUCCCACCCUGACCUCAAGCCCCUUGUUCCC